AUGAGCGAGGAGAGAGUGACAUAUGCAGACAUUAAAGUACCCAAUUCAAGGAAACAGAAGGGUAAAAGAGGUCCAGGUGAUAAAAUGAGAGGAUUUCCAUGUUAUAUUGUUGCAUUAUCCCUGGGAGUUAUGUGUGUUAUCCUCCUGCUGGCAAUCACAGGCUUAAGAUCUAUAUUUUUUCAGAAAUGUCCUGCACACACAAUGCAGAAUAAGAAUGACACGAAAGAAAAAAAUGCUUCCUUAGGAGAGGUUGAAGAUGACUCAAUUUUACCUCCUAUUAUAGAUGAAGACUAUGAGUCAUUUCAAGGAAAUUGGCACUGCUGUGGAAAAAGCUGUUACUAUUUUUCAGAAGAAGAGAAAACUUGGGAGGAGAGUCAGAAGUCAUGUGAAGUCCUGAGUUCUAGUCUCAUGAAGAUUGAUAAUAAAGCAGAGCAGAACUUCAUUCAAUCAAAAAUAAGGUACAAUUACUGGAUUGGAUUGUAUAAAGUAGGAGCUAAGCAUCCCUGGAAGUGGUUGGAUGGCACAUCUCUAUCUCAGAUGGUGUAA